AUGGCGCCGCUGGCAGACCUGUACCAGGUGUCCAUGGCCUACGGGCACUGGCGGGCUGGGCGACACCGUGCCCCGGCCGCCGCCGAGCUCUUCUUCCGCCGCCCGCCCUUCCGCGGCUCCUUCGCGCUCGGGGCCGGCCUGGCCGAGGGGCUGCGGGGGCUCCGAGCCUUCCGCUUCUCCGCUGCCGAUGUCGCGUACCUGCGCUCUGUCCUGCCCAGCACCACAGACGACGCCUUCUUUGACUACCUGGCCACCCUGGACGCCUCCGAGGUCACCGUCACCGCCAUUCCCGAGGGCUCUGUCGUCUUUCCCAGGGUGCCGUUCCUGCAGGUGAAGGGGCCGCUCUUGGUGGUGCAGCUGCUGGAGACCACCUUGCUGUGCCUGGUCAACUAUGCCAGCCUGGUGGCCACCAACGCUGCCAGAUUCCGUCUCCUCGCCGGCCCGGACAUGAAGCUGAUGGAGAUGGGGCUGCGCCGUGCGCAGGGGCCGGACGGAGCCCUGUCGGCAUCCAAAUAUUCCUACAUCGGGGGGUUCGACUGCACCAGCAACAUCCUGGCGGGAAAACUCUACGGAAUUCCCGUGCGCGGCACCAUCGCUCACUCCUUUGUCAUGUCCUUCCGGUGCCUGGAGGAGGUGCAGCCGCGGGAGCUGCUGCCUCAGGCGGGAGGAGAUCCCGUGGAUCUCGCAGACCUGGCUGUGUCCUGGCUGCAGCGCGUUUGUGACCUGCUCCAGACUCCUCCUGGCAAGACCAACCAGGGCGAGCUGGCCGCCUUCGUGUCCUACGCUGUCACCUUCCCGUGUGACUUCCAGGGAUUGCUGGACACCUAUUGUGUCAGGAGCAGUGGUUUGCCCAAUUUCUGUGCUGUGGCCUUGGCACUGCACCAGCUGGGAUACCAGGCCAUUGGAGUGCGCCUGGACAGCGGGGACCUGGCCCAGCAAUCCAAGGAAAUCCGGGAAGUGUUCCGAGCCUGCGGAGCUCACUUCCAGGUGCCCUGGUUUGGGACCAUCCCUAUCGCUGUCAGCAAUGACAUCAGCGAGCAGAGCCUGGAGGAGUUCAGGAGGGAGGGGAGCGAGAUCGACAUGAUCGGCAUCGGGACCAACCUGGUGACGUGUCCCCUGCAGCCAUCGCUGGGCUGUGUCUACAAGCUGGUAGAAGUCAAUGGCUCCCCAUGCCUGAAGCUCACGGAGGAUGAGGAGAAGAUGACAAUCCCAGGGAUGAAGGCAAUCUAUCGGCUCUAUGACGCUGCUGGCCACCCCUUCAUGGACCUCAUGGCCCUGGAAGAGGAGCCGUCACCCAGUGCAGGGCAGGAGCUGGGGAUCCGUGUCCUGGGGCGGCUUGAGGAGACCACCAAGGUCAUUCCCACCACUGUGGAGCCCCUCCAUCGCACCUACUUCAGGGAUGGCCAGGUGUGUGAGCCCCUCCCCAGCCUGCCCGAGGUGAGGACCCAUGCCCAGGUGUCCCUCAACCUGCUCAGCCCCGCUCACCGCCGGCUCCACGAGCCACAGCCCUACCCGGUGGCUGUGACGGAACGGCUGCACCGGCUCUUCCUGGAGCUGCGUCAGGGCAGCCACUGAGGGGGUCCCUGCUCAUCCCCAGCUCCUGCUCUGUGCUUUUUUUGGGAAGCCCAGGUGCCUCGUUAGGAAUUAACGACUCUAAUUUAGGCCUUUCCGCUGCCUGGUGUAAACCUGAGGAACCUGCAGGAACUGGGAGAGUGCCCUGGGGUCCCAGUAGGGAAGAUGGGAACACAGGGAUGGGGAAGGCAGAGUUGUCCCUGCAUCCCCUGGAAGUGACAGUCCUGUGCCUAACUUGGUGUCCCUGCCAGCCUUGUGCCUUAUCUUGGUGGCCCUGCCACUCCUGUGCCUUCCUUGGUGGCCCUGCCAGCCCAGUGCCCUCUGUGGUGGCUCCCCAUCCUGAAGCUCCUUGGUGGCACUAGAACAAAGCUUGGAGUGCCACCAAAAGGGUGACAUGGGACACUCAUGGGAUACCCGUGGCAGACACUCUUUGCUUUGGCAAUUCUGAGCUUCGUCUCUGUGGCCACAUUCCAACUCUUUCCAUUCUGGCCAAAUUCCCUGGGAUGUGGAGGCUGGCUCCAGGCUGAUCCCAGCUCCAGGUUGCCACCUGCACUCUCUCACCCCUGUUCCCACGAGAAACGUGUCUCUAACCCGCACCGAGCUUCAGACUAAGCAAAAAAAAAAUAAACUAAAGGCCUUUUCCCACAAUGGCUCUGACCCUAAUUCCAGUGAAAAACCCUUUGGAGUUCCAUUGGGAAUGGGAAGGUGAGAGGGAAAUCACCAGGGAUCAAACCUGUGGCUUCCCUGCCCACCCUCCCUUCCAAGGUUUGGAUCUUGGCAGAAAUUACAAUGAAGAAAGUAAUUAAGAGCUUAAUGAAGCAUGGCCUGAUGGUCCCAGAUUUCUGGUAGUUCCAA